AUUGACAUCACAUGUACAAGUUCAGAUGGACCUGAUAAGACGUCUAGAACAGUUCAAGUUGACCAUGGAUUGACAAAUAAGGAAAUGGCGUUCGACAGAUCAGCAACACUUCAUAAAGACUAACCGAGUAUGGCUGACUCAAGUGAUGAUGAUGAUUUUGGGCAGAAAUUGCCGCCUCUUCAUAUUUACCUGAAGCGAGUUCUUGACAAGUAUCCAGAAGGAGGACAGAUACUUAAGGAGCUUGUGCAGAAUGCCGAUGAUGCUGAGGCAACCAAGGUGAUCUUCUUGUUUGAUAAGUCACAACACUCCAAGGAUCAACUCUGGACAAGUGAGCUUGGUCAGUUCCAAGGUCCAGCCCUGUAUGCUUACAACGAUGCUGUCUUUAAACCGCCAGACUGGUAUAACAUCCAACAUCCUGAACAGAGUGGAAAGGUCGAUGAACUCACAAAGGUUGGGAGGUUUGGUCUGGGUUUCAUCUCUGUCUAUCACUUGACAGACCUUCCAUGCAUCCUGAGUGGGAAGACGAUUGGUUUCUUGGAUCCAAGAGAAAAACACUUCAACUACAAUCCUCACACCAACACCAAGUACAAGGGGAGACGAGGUAAGAAAUGGAAACUUAAUGCAGAGCUACUGUCGAAAUUCCGAGGACAGUUUUCUCCCUUUCUUGUUGACUUAUUCCGUUGUGCUGAAUCCAGUUUUGUGAAUGGUCAUUUUGAAGGAACUAUUUUCCGGUUUCCACUUCGUACAGAGGCUUCAGAAAUCAGUAAAAAUGUGUACACAGAUGACCAUCGAGUGCUUGACCUCUUCAGGUCUUUUGAAACAGAUUCUGAGCUGUCUCUACUUUUCCUAAAGCAUGUCCAAUCUAUUGAAGUUUAUGAAAGGGGUCAUAUUCAUGAGCAGCCACGACAAAUCUUCAAAGUACAUGUUACUCCUGGCGAUCGUCCACUCUUGACAAUUCAAAGACGAGACUUUUUGACACGAGUUCCAGAGAUGCGAGACUUUCAUACGGUGACAUGUAUGAAUAUAGAAAAGCAGACCGGUGCCGGCUCUUGCAUCAGCAGGUUCAUUACAGUGAAUGCCAUAAAGACAGAAAGUACCUCCCCUCAACUUCAACAACUCAUCAGUGACACUGAUCUGAAGUUAGUACCCUGGAUGGGUGUAGCCAUUCAGGUCGGCAUGUGUCAGGAUUCAGUAGGUGUCAGUAGGAGUGAUGGUCGAGUGUUCUGUUUCCUGCCACUACCUAGUAGUGAGCAAACUGGUUUACCUGUUCACGUUCAUGGCUAUUUUGGCCUUGGUGACAACCGUCGAGGCAUCAAAUGGCCAGAUCGAGAGUCUCGACAUGACAAGAAUGCCAUAUGGAACAAGCUUUUGGCAACUGAAGUAUUUCCUGAUGUCUACAGAAAAGUGGUUCUUGCUUCAAUAGAGAAAAGCAAAGAGGCAACUGAUCCAGUCAAACCCGAUGAUGUCUAUAGAGCCUGGCCACGUAAACAGAGCAUCAACGAGGAGUGGUCGACAGGUGUCAAAACAUUCCUGCAGAUGCUUAGGAAUGAUGCAAUCUUCUACACUGAUCACAAUGGUGGCUGUUGGAUGAAGGCAAACGAGGUAUACGUGGACACCCAAAAGAACCCUCUGCUUACUAAGAUACUAAAGCAUAAGGGACUUCCAGUCGCACAUCUUCCCAGCCAUGUUACUGCAUCUCUUCGCUGGGCAGGUGUCCAGUACCAAGAGAUAACACCCUCGGUUAUUCGUUCAUGGAUCCGGAAUGAUCCUCUCCAAUACCUAUCACGAGCUGAGAAGCUUCAACUUGUAGACUAUGUUACGAGUGACACACAAUCUGAUCUGACCAAUCUCUAUCUACUGCCAUUACAGGAUGGUACAUUUACUUUGUUCUCGCAAAGAUCACCCACAGUGUACAUUGCCAGCAGUAAGAAUCCGAGAGAUCUCAUUCCAAAUGCAGAGGCAAAGUUUGCUGCAAGUGACAUGCCAGUAGUGUUGAAAUCUCACCAAGUAUUAUCCUACACUCAGCUGAAGAACCUUGAGGUCGAUGAUAUACUACCACUACUUCACCAAAUACUUCCAAGUACCUGGACUAGAGGGACAGAUGUAAAGGUCAAGUGGACUCCAGGAUGCAACAAUCAUCCCUCCACUCAAUGGUUGACUGAGAUGUGGAACUGGCUGACAAAGAAUCAAAUCCCUCUUGAGAAAUUCAGAAGUAUUCCACUCAUUCCAAUGAUGAAUAACGGGUUCCUUGCAAAGAUGCAGGAAAAUCGCAUCAUAUUUCGCAAGCAAAUGUCAAGGUAUUUAAAUGCUUGUUUGACUGAGGGCAUUUGUCUGUUUCUUGAAAACGUUGGGGCAAUUGUUUUAUGUGAUGAUCUUCCGUCUUACAUAACCAGCCACAGGAAAUUGGACAGGUUCAUCCAAGCUCCGGAUCCUGAGGGAGUGCUGAACAUAUUGAUUGCACACAGACAAAAAGUCAACAUGGAGAGAUGUGUAACAGAGAUGAAAGCAAGAAGUAAAAAUGAGCUGAGAGGUUUAUUUUGCCAACUGCGAAAAGUUAGUAAAGAACAGAAAGAAGUUCUAAAACUCCUGCCUUUGUUUCUGUCAAAUGAUCAAAGUUUUCUAUCAGCAAAGCAAGGUGUGAGUGCAGUUCCAAGCAGUUUCUUUGGCAGCCCAGUCAAACGUCUGAAGAAGUGCCGAAUCAUCGUGGAUAGCUCUGAAGACAAUUUAGUAUCUCUGAUUGGUAUUCACAAGGAGGCAGCUUUUGAGUUUCUGCACAACAAUAUCCUUCCUUCUGUGGCCGAAAGAUUCUACACUGUCGACGAAUCCAUGACAAUUAUGUCUUGGGUGUUAGCAAACCAAGAAUAUGAUGGUUUAGUUCAGCACUUGAAGUUCAUACCCACUGCAGAUGACAAGCUGGCAAGUCCCUCUGAGCUAUUUGAACCAAGUGAUCAUCUUUUAUUGCUGCUUGGAUCUGCAAAUGUGUUUCCAGUCAAGGAAUAUUCAAAGGGUAAACUUCUCAAUCACCUGAAACGGGUCGGUCUGAAGAAUGAUUCUUAUGUCACGUCUAGUGAUGUGCUAAAUGUGGCAACCGAGGUGUCAAGAGGUGGAGAAAAGAGACAGGCAGACGUUGAGAGAGCUCACGUGCUCCUUAUCUACAUCAAUCGCUUCCCUCAUCUGUUAACUCAGAAUGUUUCCAGUAACAGGAUAACUAAGCCAUUGUACAAGUUCCUUGAAGAUUUGAAUUGGGUUCCAUGCGAGGGUUCAUCUCUAUCUCAGUACCCUGUCUCAGCUGGCUGGUAUGGUAAGAACAACACACUGUACUCCCCACGUCAAGUUGGGUUAAUUGAGUCAGCCAUGUUGCAAGGUUCUGUGGUGCCUCUCAUCAGGAUGCAAGGUAUUCGACAAGAGCUACUGAAUGUCUUCAACUGGAGUGCACAGCUUGAUCCAAGAAACUACCAGAAGGUUGAAAAUGUUGUGCACCAAUUGAAGAAUGUUGUGAGCAACUUUGUAUAUCCAGCCGGGAUACCUACCGUCUCCAAUGCAGUACAUGAGAUAUACGGGUUCCUUAGCAGAGCCUCAGACCAGCAUCUGAAUCACCUGUUCCCAACCAUUAUCACUUCAGAACCUUGGGUUUGGCAUGGCGCAGGGUUUACAACCCCUGACAAAAUGGCAAUAACUGUUGGGACACUUCGUAUUGAUCUGAAGCCAUACCUCUUCACUGUACCAGACAGUAUCAAACCACAUGAUAAUCUCCUUACUCGAUUGGGAGUUCGACAAACCUUCCAGGAAAGUGCACUCAGUGUUGUUCUGUCACAUAUUCAGAUGAAACACAAAGGGGAGCAUGUCUGUAAUGAAACAAGCAUUAACAGUGAUGUAGAACUGGUGCACAGUAUCUUGAGAUACAUUACGAACUUAGCCGAUUUUGAUUCCAAGACUUCAGACCUGCUAGUUCCGUGCAGGAAUUUAGGAACAAGUGGCAGUUGUCUCUAUAUGCUGGAAGCAUCCAAGUGUCUAUACGUAGAUGAGGAGAGACUAAUGAAACAAAUUUUUGAUGAAAAUGUCCUAGCAGAAUAUGACAGACGUGUUAUCCAUAAGUCGAUAUCCAAUGACUUGGCUCAAAGUUUGGGCGUUCAGCCAUUAAGUCACAUCUUAGCUCCAUCUGAGGCUAUAGAUUAUGGAUAUGAUUUGGCAGGUCCUCACGAGACUCCAAUAAAUGCUAUCAAGCGAAAUCUUGAUAUGUACAAGAAAGGUGUGGACAUCUUCAAGGAGUUGAUCCAGAAUGCUGAUGAUGCAGGAGCCACUGAAGUCAAAUUCCUCAUUGAUUGGCGCAGAAAUGAAGAAACCGCAAGUGAUCUUCUGAGUAGUGGAAUGAAAGCAUGUCAUGGGCCGUCGAUCUGGGCUUAUAAUAACGCAAGAUUCUCAAAGAAGGACAUCACAAAUAUCUGUAGUAUAGCAGCACAGAGCAAGAAACACAAGCUUGAUAAAGUUGGGAGGUUUGGAUUGGGCUUCACUUCAGUUUAUCAUCUCACAGAUGUCCCUAGUAUAGUCAGCGGACCCUAUGUGUUGAUUUGUGAUCCUAGAACCACACAUCUUGGAACUCGUAUACAGCCUGGGCAGCCUGGUAUUAAACUAGAUUUGACUAAUUCACGUCAUCACCUUACACUCAAAUCAUAUCCAAACCAGUUUCAACCUUACAAUGGAAUCUUUGGCUGCAACCUUGCUACAUCUACUGAUGAUGGAUUCGACCACACCUUGAUCAGACUACCACUACGUACACCCGAAGAAGCCAAUGAACAGCUGAACCAACUAGAUGAUGGUGUCUUUGAUUCAACAGAGGCAGUCAAACCACUGAUAGAAUCUUUGAAGAAGGCUUCCUCAACUCUGUUACUUUUCACUCAAAACGUUGUCCAUGUUAGUGUUCAUGAGCUUGAUUCUAAGAACCCAUGUGAAAUGAAAACAGUGAUGUCUGUUACACUGGAGAGGAUUCAACAGAUGCCUCGAUCAAUAUCAGGUCAAGGAGAAGACAUGAAAACACAACGCAAUCUCCUUGGGGCAACAGCAGCAUGCAAGGAGGACUCCAGUUUACCUGUCCCAGAGACAACAAUGAUUGUGAAGGUUACACAUGAGACAUAUGCAUCGAACAAAACCAAGAAGAAAUGUUCUCAAUUUGUCGUCAGUUCAUGCAUGGUGCAGGGUGAAAUCUUAGACUUAGCAGAAACAAAUGAUGGUUGCAGAGCAGGAGUUCUCCCUUGUGGUGGUGUCGCAGCUGAACUAGUCGCCGGUGUACAAGGACUUACAGUCAAACCUGUAGAUGGUAAAGCUUUCAGCUACCUGCCACUUGAAGUCUCAACAGGUCUUCCCUUUCAUGUCAAUGGCAAUUUCCUGCUGCAGCCCAAUCGUCGCCAGCUCUGGAGUAAGCCAUCAUCUUCAGAAGGUGAAUUCGAAGCACGUUGGAACAUUUGUUUAAUAAAGUCAGUCUUAUCCCGCGCACUUUUCAAUCUUCUCCAAGAUCUUCAAACUUUGCAGAGCCAGAAUGUCGUUGAUGCACGAGAUUUUCAGAGUUUGUGGCCAAGACAGUCGCAAUGCUCAAGUGAUUUUCGCUCAUUUGUUGAUACAUUUUAUCACACACUGGGCAGGGAUAUAGAUGCACCUGCUGUGAUAUUCAAUGGAAGUCAGUGGGUAGCAGUGCAAGACUGCUUUUUCACUGAAUGGAGCCAAUCUGAUUCAGAAGAUCUGAAAUCCAGCGUUAUAACACUCUUACGUCAGAAGCUACACGCAAAAAGCUGGGUCGAGUUGAAUUCAGAUGUGGUUUCUAGUAUUGCUAACGUGGGAGCAAACAUCCCCUUUGACAGCAACACCUUCAAUGUCAGUCGGUUUCUCCAAGAAGUUUUCUUUAAAAUGUUGGAGGAAGGAGCUGUUGAAUCUAGUCACAGAGACAACAUCAUUCUGCAUCUAUUAGAUCUUCGGCUGGGUGAAAGAAAGUUGACUGACUAUGAUGACUCUCUUAAGAACACCGACUGUAUUCCAUUUUCUCCAGACGAGGACGAUCUUGCAUCUCCUGAUAGGUUAGUCCAUCCAUUUACACUCAUUGGAUCUCUGUACAGUGAAAACGACAUUCUAUGUUUUCCUCAUGGAGAAGAAUACCGCCGGGAGGUCCGCCUUCUCUCCUUGAAAGAUCUAGGUAUGGCUUGUGAUGAUCUACCCUGGGAUGAUGUGUGUGAAAGAGCAGAAUCAAUCUCUAUGAACGAGGGGUAUGACCAGAAGAUUAAAAACAUUCUGAGGUUGAUUGGUGAGAAGUUGGGGAGACAAGAUACACCCACAGCUGAACAGAAGAAACGAAUCCAGAAUGCAAAGUAUCUUCCUGUGUUAUCAAAGCCUAAUGAUUACCCUUCUGUGUGGUGUAAGAGUGCCUUGAAGUUAAUGUCAGCAGCUUCUCUGUAUGAGUCCAGACACAUCCUCCUAAUUGGCUCUGUUCAACCUUUACUAGAUGAGGGUAGACUUGGAUCUGAAGCCUUGAAUCAAAAUGUGAAAGCCUUCCUUGGGUUUGUUGAAAAUGAAGUCAAAGUCGUGGACGUCAUUAAACAGCUCGAAAUUCUGAUCAAAGAAACGAAGAAAUCCACACAACAGACAUAUUCUAUGGCUCAAACAAUAUAUUCAUUUCUCCAAGAUGCAUUUUGCAGAGAUGAUGAUACAGACCAGAACAUUGACAGGCUUUGUUCUCUGCGAUUUAUUCUGUGUGAAGGUGAAUUCAGAGCUUGCAAGAAGUUUGCAUUUAGGUACAAUGGCAAAAGUGCACCCUAUCUGUUUGAAGUUCCUACUGAUUUACGUCGGUUUGAGACGCUGUUGAGACGUUGUGGUGUGAAACAACAUUUUGAGAUCGGAGAUUAUCUUCAAGUAUUACAUCUUUUGAAGACGGAAUUCGGAGACAUGGCUCUGACAGACGUAGCUGUCAGAACGGCAGAGGCGAUGACCUCAGAAGUUGUUACAAUAUGUCGCAGUCACCAGGCAGAUGAUAUGCAGCACCUAGACAUAGAUGUGAACGAAGAAAUGUUUGUUUUAGAUGACCAAUGCAUUUUGCAGAAGCCAAGUGAUCUUACUUACCAUGAUUUGUGGUGGGCAAGGAAAUCUGACAAUGAAGUUUACACUCAUGAUUCCCUAUCACAGAAGGCCGCAGAAACUAUCGGUAUCAAAACAACCAGACAGAAAAAACUUGAAAGAUGCUCUACCUCCAGUGGAUUCGAAUCCGAGUUUGGACAAAUGGAAAACCUGACAGACCGCCUAAGUAACAUCCUGAGAUCCUAUCCACAUGUUUCUGAUGUUUUGAAGGAGCUGUUACAAAAUGCUGAUGACGCUGGAGCUACGGAAAUACACUUUGUGUAUGACCCUCGCCAGCACAAGUCUGACAAAGUCAUAUCCAACGACUGGGCUGGUGUCCAAAACCUUCCUGCGUUGUGUGUGUACAAUGAUAAAUCCUUCACUGAAGCAGAUAUCAAGGGAAUUCAGAAAGUAGGGGUUGGUGGUAAGAGAGAGGAUAUUUCAACUACUGGACGAUUUGGAAUUGGCUUCAAUGCUGUCUACCAUCUUACUGAUUGUCCAAGUUUCCUGAGUAACAAGGACACUCUGUGUGUGUUUGAUCCUCUUCUGAAGUAUACAGAAAGAGCUGAUGAAACCUGCCCCGGUAGAAGGUAUAACACCAACGAAGAUUUCAGACAGAACUUCCCUGACAUGUUGUCUGGAUAUCUCGAAGAGGAAUUCAAAGAUCUUGAAGGAACGAUGUUUCGCUUCCCACUCAGAGCAAAGCCUUCUGAGAUAUCUGAAGAAUGCUUCAGCCCCGUCAAGGUAGAAAGGUUACUGGAUGAAUUUCAGAUUGUCUCGGAAGAAGCUCUGCUAUUCCUUAACAACCUCAAGAAGAUCACGAUCUCACGUGUCAAUAGUGAAACCAACAGACUGGAAGUGAAGUAUUCCACCAUGGCAACAUUUUCGGAUGUGGACAGGAAAAAACGUCCAAAACUAUCUGAACAUGUCAAGCUGUUCAAAAACAAUCCGCAUGAAAUCAUUCCAUCCAUGUGUCAAGUCUACAGCCUUGUCAUUCAAGACUCUUCGGAGGGAAAGGAAAAGUGGAUGGUGUCACAAAUGCUUGGAUUUGAAGGAGUCGCAGGUAUCAAGGGGUCAGAAGAUCGUCUUCCCAGAGGAGGAGUAGCAGCUCUCUUAAGUGGUAAAAGAGUUGAGAGUGUCCAACAUAGACAGCACAGAGCAUACUGUGUUCUUCCUUUACCCAUCCACACUGAACUACCUGUGCAUGUAAAUGGCAUGUUUGAGCUGGAUUCUUCAAGGAGAAAUCUUUCUAAAGGUGAUGAUUACGCAAUGGAGGAACAGAAAGCAGAGGAUGAUGAUCGACUCAUUCACAAAUGGAAUCGUAAGCUGAUUAAAGGUGUCAUUGCUCCGGCUUAUGCUAAACUGUUGGUGGAAGCAGGCAAGAAAAUUCCUCUUAAGGAUAAGGGGACAUCAACAGUCCAAAACCUUAUUUCGUUUUAUGACGAUCUUUUUCCAAAGAAUUUAAACAACUUAAAAAACGAAUGGCAUUUAGUUGCCAAGGCCACACUUCAGAACAUCAGUCAGAAUAACUUGGAAGUGCUACCUGUUGUUUGUCAGAAGGGUAAGGGGACACAAGUAACCUGGCACCAUGUUAACACAGCUACAAGCUUAGCAUACUUUGACGACCUGAGCAUGUAUGACAAACCCCAAGUUGCAUCGUCUGCUGAAGUAGAAACAAAAAAGACAACCUCAAGGUCCACCAUCCUGAGAACGUUUUUACUAAAAGUAGGCUUCAAGUUGUUAGCAAGUUCGGUUGAACUGUGUGAAGCAUUCCAAUCUAUUGAUGUCCAAGCAGAGUUUGUGUCUCCCAAAGCAGUUGUGAAGCACCUUUUAUGUAACCCUUUAAUUGAUCAUUCUUCAUCAGUCUCUUUGACUGAAACAGCUUUCCAAGACAGUCGCACUUUCUCCACGAUGUUCAAGUACUGCCUGGAGGGUAUCACACAUUCAAUUGAUCUGAAUGGUCUCCCGUUGCGUCUCACGAAUGACAACAAGGUUGGUGUGUUUACUACACUAGAUGGACUGUACGUAAGCUCGCAUUGUAAUGUGCUUCCCAACUUGAAACAGCUGUUUCUUCACAAGGAACUUGUCCAUUUAUGUCUCAAUUGGCUUUAUCAGAACAAAUCAGAAGACGAGGCUUACACCAGUGGGAUUUUCAAGAAGUUCACCAUCUCUGAACUUGCUGUGCACUUGAGAAGCUACCUGCCUGAAGAUUGGCAAGGAUGUACUCAUCACGUAGAAUGGGCACCCAUUGAAAAUGGACAUCCGCCUGCAUCAUGGAUUAGAAGCGUGUGGGAGUUCAUCUGCAGUGAAACGGAGAAAAAUGUGCAAACUUGUCUACAGCCCAUCCAAGAUUGGCCUUUAUUCCCUACAACAUCAGAGAAACUGGUAUCACCUGCAAUGUCUAAAACCGUCCUGUUCCUUCAUGGUUUCUGUGACACACAAUUCCGUGAGAAAGUCACCAAAGUACUGCAGAAGUUGGGUGUUCCAGAACUUGAUGUGAAGCAUAUGCCAAUGAUAUUAUCAACUUUAACUGAGCUUUUGAAGAACUACUUAGCUCUGCCUGUUAAGCCAGAUAGUGUUGUAGAUGUCAUCAAGUUCAUGUUGGCCACAGAUGGUGAGAUUGGAAAGCUCCCACUCUUAGAAAGUUCAGAUAUUGAUACGUUGCUCCAGUAUCUUCAAGAGGGAUGUGACUCCUUUUCUGAGGAGAACGUCCAAACCAUCAAGAUGUUGCCAAUUUUCAAACUCCCUAAUGGCAAGCUUACCAGUCUUCAGUCCUUCGAACACUGUCAUACAAUUGAAGGCUAUAGUUUACUUGAGGCUGAAGCAGAAACGUGGAUGGUCCACAUGAAUUGUGUGUUCUUGCAUCCAAGUCGACAUUUGAAUUUGAUUCAUAGUAAACUUGGUAUCUCCCCCAUCACACACGCUGAUGUUUACUUAAAGUUCAUACUUCCAAGUUUCAACCAACUCACCAUGGACUCCAAGGUCUUGCAUCUAAAGAACAUUGAACACAAAGUAAUGCGCGGUGCUUCUUCUGGUGAGCGAAAAGCCAUCAUAAAGACCCUUUCUCAAAUCUCGUUCAUUCCUGAUAGAGAAGGUACAUUAAGAACUGUGGAGUACUUUUUUGACCCAGAUAAUGCAAUCUUCAAAGCUAUGGUAGAUCCAAAUAAGUUCUUACCUGAAAAGAUGAGACAUCUGACGUUAUUCCUAUCUCGGCUUGGUCUUCAUACUGAAGUCACUCAGGUGUUGUUUGUUGAGUUUGCCAGGACAAUAGAAUCAGACGCGAAAGCAGUCACCAACGGCACCAAACUGAAGGAGCUCUGUGAAGCCUCAAGGCUUCUUACGGCUGAACUACGCUGUAACAAGAGGCUAAAUGAUGCAUCAUUCCUUCGUGGAGUUUCAAAAAUCAAGUUUAUUCCUUCAGUUCCAAUAAAGCAAGAAUUGAUCGACAUUCAUCCUGCUGUAUCUGAUGGUCAAGAGCUGCGUCCAUUCCUUGCAUAUCGAGGAUCAAUGCCUGAAAGAUAUGUAGAACUUGUGUGGUCAGUUGCCAAGCUUCUACCGAGAUGGUCCAUACCAUCAGACACACACAUCGACGGAGGAGUCCUCAUGCAUGAUUGUCUUGGCAUUCAAAAUAAAGUUGUUAUCGAAAAAGCUCUGAGUCACACUCAACAAGUUUGCUGUCGUAUGGUUGAAAAGAAUGCUAUCCACAAGGAAGACACGCUGCCACUUAAAGUGAGAGAUACAUUUAAGAAGGUCAUGUCAAUGAUUUGCAAGUAUCUUCAAGAUAAUAUAACAGACCAUGGAGAGGAACUACAGCGUCGUUUACACCACACUGCUCUCUGCUUGGUUGAUAAUGGAAAAGUCCUCAUCAGAGCUGAUCAAAUGGUCUUUGAUAUGAUGGACCAAGAAGAGGAGAGUCUUAGGCCAUAUUUGUACAAGGCACCGAGGGAGUUAUCAGAAUUUGAUGCUCUUUAUAAAUUACUUGGAGCAGAAAGAAAUUGUACUUUCGACCAGUUAGCUGGAGUUUUGUCGACCAUCAAGACAGAAUGCAAAGAUGAAAUCCUUGAUCCAAAUGAGAUCAAGUCAGCUCUGGGUGCUGUGACAGCUCUUUUCACACUACUUGAAAAUACCAAAGGGAAAUGUAAGAUAACAGUCACUGAGCUGUACCUUCCCAGUUCUAACAAUCUUCUGAGGAAAGCCUCAAAUCUGUAUUAUGCAGAUCCACAUCUGAUGGAUAAGAUGAAGCUAGCGUCAACUGAUAAAGAGUUUCUUAUUCCACUUAAGCAAUGCGGAUUUGAUGUCAAUGAUGAGGUGAGUCUGAUUGAGCUUCUUCCUGAAUCAUUACGGCCGAAGAAUCUGGGGAAUGAGAUGCAUGAAAAUGUAUGUGAAGAUAACGAAGACUGCCCUGCUGGACAAGAUUGUCCAUAUCUAGAACAUAUCAAGAGGAUGGUGAACUCAGUGGAGAUGACACGAGUGCUGUUGAGACUUCUUCAGCAUCAACUAGAAAAACCACCAGACGCAGAUAAAACAAAAAGUGCUAAACUGCUUCAGAAGUUCAGUAACUUCUGCUGCAAGACUGAACUGAAACUUGGCUUGUAUGACUCAAAUGGGGCAUUAAUUACAAGUAGACCAAAGUCAGUACCAGCAUAUUUUAACAAAGACACUAUGACAAUAUACUUGGAGCACGUGUGUCGUACUGCAAAGAUUAGAUGUCUAACCUUCAGUCUUAUUGCACAGUACUGUGGUGCCGUGAUGGGAGAUUUGCUGGACUCUGAACACCUAGGUUUCCUACAAAAUGCUCUUGACUGCGAAAAUCCUGAUGGGAUGAAUACAAUCCUAUCCACGGCCGACAUUCCAGAGUAUGACACCGGUGCACCAGGCUCACACACAAACAGGCAAUACCGUUUGGGGGCUCUUAUUCAAAAAGACAUAAGACAUCUUCUUGAUCAAGAUCCUUACAACCGGCUAUAUAAAGGCGAGAUUGUGGGUUACGAGCGUUCAUUUGAAGAUGUACAUCAAGCUCAUGAAAACACUGCCUCGGGAUCAGCAGGAUCUUUUAGUCUGGAGUCAGACCACUCAUCAGACGAAGAUACAGAGAUAGUCUUUGCCAAAAUUGUCGAACAGAUUGGCGAGAGUGAUGCGUCUUCCAGAUUGUCCAAACAAUACAGAAUUGACAUCGGGCUCAAAGAACCCAUCAUUGUCAAAGUAACGUCACUCUAUAAGUUUCUGCGACCUAAGGAAAAACCUGACCUGACUGUUGUUCCCUUCACUGGCGACCCAACAGCUGAAGUUCCAUCGAUGCCAUCUGACGAGCCACUGCCAGAUAUUUUCGAAAACUACCGAGACAAAAUUAGGGAGGAGAUAAACGAAGCCUUCGAACUACCAGAAGAAGAGAGGAAAAGAGCCAUUAGGCGUCUUUACCGUAAGUGGCAUCCAGAUAAGAACCCUGGCAGGGAAACACUUGCAAACGAAGCGUUUAAGUUCCUUAAAGCGGAAAUUGAAAGACAUGAAAAUGGAUCCAAAUACCAAGAGAAAUAUUCCCAAUGGGACAAUGAUGUCAGGAGGGACAGAGAAGACGCCAGCCACUAUCAAAAGAAGUACCAAGAUCAUUUCCAGCGUAAUAGAAGAAGAGAAAGAGAAGACUACUCAACUGGCUUCGUUCCACCAUCCUUUAGCAAAGAUACCCCUGACCCUCGCAGCGCAAGGUUGUGGUUCCGACAGGCUGAAGAGCACUUCCUCGCUGCGGAGUUGAAUAGAAACUUGCCAACCCAUGUACCGUGGAUUGCCUUUCAGAUCCAUCAAGCAGCAGAAAUGGCUCUCAAAGCAGCUCAGUUCAGUCUCGACGGUCGUCCUGAUAAGAGCAGUAAUGACUUGACAUCUCUAGCACGGAAAGUCUGUCAACACCAAGAUGUGACGUCAAUGGAGGUGUUGACGGUAGUAGGUGAAUUGAUUCGUCUUGGUUGUGACUUCAGCAAACCCCGAAAACCUCAAACCCGAAGCUCAAGGACAAGUGGACAGGCUUAUAAAGAUUUCGAGGUCAGUAAUGCCCUUAAGCUUUGUCGAGAGUUGCUCGUCCUCGUGAGGGAUAUCGUUGGGAUAAAGGUAUUUUGAAAUUGCUUGUAAAUGUAUGUUUGAAUUGAUUCCCGAUGUUAAACUAAAUUUACUCAGAUUCGAUGUAUAAAAUAUAAGUGAUAAGUGGAAUUUAAGUGAUAGAUGUUGACAUUUUGUUGAUAUCGAUGUCUUGUUUGACACUCCUACAAUGACACAAUACAUAACCCUUAAUGUAAUUAUCGCUGUGAGGUUGUUUGCCGGGCUAAGGGUAAGCCUACAAUGACACAAUACAUAACCCUUAAUGUAAUUAUCGCUGUGAGGUUGUUUGCCGGGCUAAGGGUAAGCCUACAAUGACACAAUACAUAACCCUUAAUGUAAUUAUCGCUGUGAGGUUGUUUGCCGGGCUAAGGGUAAGCCUACAAUGACACAAUACAUAACCCUUAAUGGAAUUAUCGCUGUGAGGUUGUUUGCCGGGCUAAGGGUAAGCCUACAAUGACACAAUACAUAACCCUUAAUGGAAUUAUCGCUGUGAGGUUGUUUGCCGGGGUAAGGGUAAGCCUACAAUGACACAAUACAUAACCCUUAAUGUAAUUAUCGCUGUGAGGUUGUUUGCCGGGCUAAGGGUAAGCCUACAAUGACACAAUACAUAACCCUUAAUGUAAUUAUCGCUGUGAGGUUGUUUGCCGGGCUAAGGGUAAGCCUACAGUGACACAAUACAUAACCCUUAAUGUAAUUAUCGCUGUGAGGUUGUUUGCCGGGCUAAGGGUAAGCCUACAAUGACACAAUACAUAACCCUUAAUGGAAUUAUCGCUGUGAGGUUGUUUGCCGGGGUAAGGGUAAGCCUACAAUGACACAAUACAUAACCCUUAAUGUAAUUAUCGCUGUGAGGUUGUUUGCCGGGGUAAGGGUAAGCCUACAAUGACACAAUACAUAACCCUUAAUGUAAUUAUCGCUGUGAGGUUGUUUGCCGGGGUAAGGGUAAGCCUACAAUGACACAAUACAUAACCCUUAAUGUAAUUAUCGCUGUGAGGUUGUUUGCCGGGGUAAGGGUAAGCCUACAAUGACACAAUACAUAACCCUUAAUGUAAUUAUCGCUGUGAGGUUGUUUGCCGGGCUAAGGGUAAGCCUACAAUGACACAAUACAUAACCCUUAAUGUAAUUAUCGCUGUGAGGUUGUUUGCCGGGCUAAGGGUAAGCCUACAAUGACACAAUACAUAACCCUUAAUGUAAUUAUCGCUGUGAGGUUGUUUGCCGGGAUAAGGGUAAGCCUACAAUGACACAAUACAUAACCCUUAAUGUAAUUAUCGCUGUGAGGUUGUUUGCCGGGCUAAGGGUAAGCCUACAGUGACACAAUACAUAACCCUUAAUGUAAUUAUCGCUGUGAGGUUGUUUGCCGGGCUAAGGGUAAGCCUACAAUGACACAAUACAUAACCCUUAAUGGAAUUAUCGCUGUGAGGUUGUUUGCCGGGGUAAGGGUAAGCCUACAAUGACACAAUACAUAACCCUUAAUGUAAUUAUCGCUGUGAGGUUGUUUGCCGGGGUAAGGGUAAGCCUACAAUGACACAAUACAUAACCCUUAAUGUAAUUAUCGCUGUGAGGUUGUUUGCCGGGGUAAGGGUAAGCCUACAAUGACACAAUACAUAACCCUUAAUGUAAUUAUCGCUGUGAGGUUGUUUGCCGGGGUAAGGGUAAGCCUACAAUGACACAAUACAUAACCCUUAAUGUAAUUAUCGCUGUGAGGUUGUUUGCCGGGCUAAGGGUAAGCCUACAAUGACACAAUACAUAACCCUUAAUGUAAUUAUCGCUGUGAGGUUGUUUGCCGGGCUAAGGGUAAGCCUACAAUGACACAAUACAUAACCCUUAAUGUAAUUAUCGCUGUGAGGUUGUUUGCCGGGAUAAGGGUAAGCCUACAAUGACACAAUACAUAACCCUUAAUGUAAUUAUCGCUGUGAGGUUGUUUGCCGGGCUAAGGGUAAGCCUACAAUGACACAAUACAUAACCCUUAAUGUAAUUAUCGCUGUGAGGUUGUUUGCCGGGGUAAGGGUAAGCCUACAAUGACACAAUACAUAACCCUUAAUGUAAUUAUCGCUGUGAGGUUGUUUGCCGGGCUAAGGGUAAGCCUACAAUGACACAAUACAUAACCCUUAAUGUAAUUAUCGCUGUGAGGUUGUUUGCCGGGCUAGGGGUAAGCCUGAUAUCAAUUAAUAGUAUAGAUACCAAACCUUUUAUAACAUAAUUAUAUUGUAAUGCAGUCGACGUGUUACGCCUUUUUGAGUUCGU